GGUCCCAGCCGUGGAUUCGCGAUAGAGGCAGAACCGCACCCCCACCUUCCCCGUCUAGAAAUCCAGAGGGCUUCUCGCUCGAUCUCACCCACCCACCCAAUCCGACCAAACCCUAGAAGCCGUGGUGGAAUCUGGCAUGGCGAUGUCGGAUCUCGCGGCCGCGGUGAUCUCCAAGCCCAGCGGCGGCGGUGGCGAGGAGGAGGAGGAGGAGGAGGAGGAGCAGGUGGAGAUCCGGGAGGUGUGGGCGGACAACCUGGAGGCGGAGUUCGCGCUGAUCCGCGACGUCGUCGACGAGUUCCCCUUCGUCGCCAUGGACACCGAGUUCCCGGGCAUCGUGUGCCGCCCCGUGGGGGUCUUCCGCUCCCCGGCUGACUACAACUACGCCACCCUCAAGGCCAACGUCGACAUGCUGCACCUCAUCCAGCUAGGGCUCACCUUCUCGGGGCCCACCGGCGAGCUGCCGGCCCUCGGAGCCGGCCGCCGCCGCUGCGUCUGGCAGUUCAACUUCCGCGAGUUCGACGACGCGCGCGACAUCUUCGCCACCGACUCCAUCGAGCUGCUCCGCCACAGCGGCAUCAAUUUCCGCCUCAACGCUGAGCGCGGUGUCGACGCUCGCCGGUUCGCCGAGCUCCUCAUGUCCUCCGGCGUCGUGCUCAAUGACGCCGUCUACUGGGUCACCUUCCAUGCCGGUUACGACUUUGGCUACCUGCUCAAGAUCCUCACCUGCAACAGCCUACCAGAUACGCAAGCCGGGUUCUUUAAGCUGAUGAAGAUAUAUUUCCCCACUGUCUAUGACAUCAAGCAUCUCAUGAAAUUCUGCAACAGCCUGCAUGGUGGGCUGAACAAACUUGCAGAGCUGCUUGAUGUGGAGCGUGUUGGAGAGUCCCACCAGGCAGGGUCUGAUAGCCUGGUCACAUCUUGUGCAUUCUGGAAGCUCAAGGAUUCGUUCUUUGCUGGAUCAACAGAGAAAUAUGCAGGCGUGCUGUAUGGGCUCAACGCAGAGAAUGGUGUCAGUGCACAUUGACCGAUGAUGCUAUCUUUGAAUUAUAGCUUUGUGAAUGGAUUGAUUAGGACAAAGUGAGAAAUGAGCAAGCGGGCAAGAUGGUGACCUAUUAGGUAUGCCUGGCACUGUACUUGACUAGUGUGCCAAUCGUAAAGGGGGGAGCAUUCCUGAUGUUGUACUCAUCUUGCUGAGGUAUGCAUGAUUUUUCCUAAAGAAGGCUGUAUUGCACCAAAGAAUUACGGAUCGACAUGACCAAAAUUGAACGUCGUCUCCAUGGCCAUGGCGUCAGCAGAACCGAGUGUGGCUUUUCCAACUAUGUAACGAUUGUCAAAUUGUAUAAUGCUUUUUGAAAUGUGUAAUGCUUGUGGAAUUGUAAAAAGACUUUUCCAACUGUGUAAUGCUUGUGAAAUUGUAAAAUGUGUAGUGUGAUUCCUAAGGAUGACUCCGUGUCUGAUAUUUACAUUGGAUGUAUAAAAGCACAGUGCUUUACA